AUGGCUAGAAUCCUAAAACCAUCCAAGUGGUUCUCUAACAAAGGUCUUAAACUUAGGUCAAGAUCUUCCAAUUCAUCAUCAUCACCAUUAUGCUCGCCAAAGAAUAACAAGAAUGAAGAUGAAAUGGGAUUAAGAGAGGUUUUCAAUUACUUUGAUACUGAUGGAGAUGGAAAAAUUUCAGCCUAUGAAUUAAGGUCAUAUUUUGGGUCAAUUGGUGAGCACAUGUCUCAUGAGGAAGCUGAAAGGGUGAUUCGGUAUCUCGAUGCCGACGGCGACAACUUGUUGGAUUUCAAUGAUUUCAUUAAGUUGAUGAAAGGUGAAGAAGGAAGUUGUGAUGAUAAAGAUCUUAGAAAGGCUUUUGAAAUGUUUUUGUGGGAAGAGAAAGAAGAUUGUAUUACACCAAAAGGGUUGCAAAGAAUGUUGCAACGUCUGGGAGAUGAAAGGUCUUAUGAAGAGUGUGUGGUUAUGAUUGAUGCAUUUGAUAUUGAUCAUAAUGGAGUUCUUGAUUUCAAUGAGUUUCAUCAAAUGAUGGCUUAG